AUGGGUCGCUGGGGAUUCCGUCUUUUCGAGUGUGACACCGACAUGGACAUUCUCUUGAAUCUACCAGAAGCCGUAGGUAUUGAUGAAAAAGAAUGGCGAUUCACUCUCGGCCAGUUAGUCCACCAAAGCGACAUGCUUGCCCCAGCGGAGUCGACUGCCUGGUACCAGACCCCCGAAUACGCUGUAGUCCUCGAAGAAGAAAUGGUCCCCUACAUUCGCAAUAAGCUCGACACGGAUGGGCUGGGAGAGCAGCUGAUCGAAAGAUCUCGUCACAACGGACAGUUCUGGGAUCCUGACUACCAGACGAUUCUCCUCGGUGCUAUUAUGAUGCGCGCGGGGGCUAAUAUCAAGCCAGAACAUCUCUUAUACCUCCGCAGGGCGGCUCGGAGGAUAGGAAUCGAGUCGGUUCAAGCCCAGUUUCUUGCGGCUUUGGAUCACUACCAGCCUGGUGUUCCGCGCAGUUUCCAGGAUGAUUGCUGUAUUUCCUGUGGUGAGAAUGAGAGUGACCUUGGAUAUCCACUCCAGAAAUGUGAAACAUGCAAGGUGUUCUACUGCGAUAGGAAGUGCAAGCGUAGACAUGAGCUUGAACACUGA